GCCACAGCAUCCCGGUUACGCACUGUUCAGAGGCCCCAUCGACCGAUCGCAGCUCCAGAAACAGCUAAAGGAGAAGUCAACAUAGCCGGGCACGUUGCCACAGCUACAGUCAGUAAUGGAGAGCCUGCUGGAUAAUCCAAUGAAAGCCGUUCUUUAUCUGAAGGAGCUCACCACUAUCGUCCAGAACCAGCAAAGCCUGAUCCAAACGCAGCGCCAGCGCAUCGACGAACUCGAGCGGAAGGUGGAAGACCUGAUCGGAGAGAACCGACAGUUGCGGGACCCCCAUCAUUACGUUCAGCAGCCCUCUCAGCACCAUCAUCAUCACCACCAUCACCACCCGACUCACCGCAGCGCUAGUCCCCAGGCGCCGGCCCACCUCCACCAACACCCGGGGAGCAACAAAACUGCGGCUCACCUCGGCCAGCAGGCGCAUCAUCAGCAGCCACCGCCACCCCAGCAGCAGCAACAGCAGCAGCAGCAGCAGCAGAUUACCGGUCUGUCGGCCCAGCCUCAGCAGCAGCACCCUACUCCUCCUGCACCGUCUUCCCACCACCCGCAACAGCUGCAGCUCGUUCCCACUUCCCCGCAGUCGCCCAAAACGAGCCAAGCCAGCCCCGAUUCCGCCGAGGAAGACAAGAGGAGCCCCUGCUGCAAGUCACUUGUUCCGCAGACUCCAACCACUCUCUGCCGCUCAGUUGGACUGGCAAGGAAAGCGGACAACCCAACUGUACUACACCAGUUCUGCUGCCCAGCCCCAGAGGCUCCCGAGGGGGAGACCUCCACUGCGUGUAUCCCCAGCGAUGACCUUUCUCCAGACUCGUCUAUGGUUCAGGAAGGGAAGGGAGGAGAAGGGGAGCUGCAGAGUGAGGCCCAGUCACAGCCACAGCCACAACCAGAACUGCAACCGCAGCCCCAGCAACAGCAGCAAGAGGCUCAGCCACAGAUUCAGCCAGCACAUCCCCAACCACAGACUGAGCCCCAACCACAGAUUCAACCUCAACCCCAACCCGAAGUCAAGCCUCAGCCAGAACCUGAAUCGAAACCCCAACCCGCACCAGAGCCCGAGCCUCAGCCACAAGUCAAGGCUCCGAGCGAGGUGGUGUCACAGGACACCCCUAAAGCCCCUUCGCCUUGCAGAGAGGAGCAGACGGCUGCAGAGAAAGAGAAUCAAGAGACAGAAGAAGUUGUGGAGGCAAAGACAAAGCAAGAGGUAGAGGAGGCACAGGCCAAGCCACGUGAGGGUGAAGCAGCACAGGAGGAAGAGGAGGAUGAGGAAUUGGGAGGAGCAAAAGGAGGUGGUGCGGGGAGGAGGGCAAGUCUGCACCACACAGCUUCGCCCUUGAGGGUGCAGCGCAACGGGGCCGGCUCGCACUCCGCCACCUCUGACUAUGAGCUCUCGCUUGACCUCAAAAAUAAGCAGAUCGAAAUGUUAGAGCACAAAUACGGUGGCCACCUCAUCUCCCGUCGCGCUGCCUGCAAGAUCCAGACUGCCUUCCGCCAGUACCAGCUCAGCAAAAACUUUGAGAAGAUCCGCAAUUCACUUCUGGAGAGUCGACUGCCUCGACGCAUCUCCCUACGCAAGGUCCGUGUGCAAAACACGGAGGGUUUCUCUGCUGAACGGGCCCUGGCAGAAGGCUGUAACCUGGCAAAUAUCCCACUGGUACGCUCACCAUCUUUGCCUGCCACGGUUGGUGGCACCCUAACCGACCUGGAGGACUCCUUCACUGAACAGGUCCAGUCACUAGCAAAGUCUAUAGAUGAUGCACUUAGCAACUGGAGCCUGAAAACCAUGUGUUCACUGCAAGAAGGUGGUAACUAUCAGUUCAGUGCCGAUUCCUUCAGUGCAGCAGCGGCAGCAGCAGCGGCUGCAGGAGUCGGAGGGGGUGGAGAAGGUGGGGGUGUGGGUGUGGGAGACUCAGUAAUUCAUCAAGGCUCGGUGGACCCAAGCGACCUCUCGAGAAAUGCAAGCAAGCUGAUGAUGGCAUUCCGAGAUGUGACCGUACAGAUUGACAGCCAGAACUUCCGUGUUUCAUCUUCAGUUAGGGAAUCAUCCACUUCUGUCACCCUCGGCAGUGGCAUCCAGCAAGAACCCACUUCCACAACCACUUCCACGACAACAAACUCCACACCAGCCCCGAUCCCACCUGGUCCCUCACAAAACCUCCCUCCUGCACCUGCAGAGAUCCCAGUAGAACCCAAAGAUCUCCCGCCACCCCCUCAAGAGCCUCCACCACCCCCAGAGUUAGAGACAGAAGGAGAUGAGCAGGAUGUUGAAUUCCCUGCACCACCUCCUACUGAGGAAGAGCUGGAGGAGGUGGAGCAACCUCCACUGACCCCUCUGGAUAAGAUGGCUGUCCCUCAAAGCCCAGAGGACGUUGCAGUGGUGGCACCACCACCGCCAAGAGAACCUGCUUACGCCCCUCCACCACAGGAGUCUAUACCACUGGUUAGCUCUCCUGUGGUGGAGCCUUUGGAUGUUAAGAGAUGUGGCUCUGAGACGGCAGACAAUAGCUCAGAGCAGAUGAGCAGCAGCAGCACGUCAACAGAGGCACGCUCAACAUCUGAAGCAUCAUCCAAGGAGGCACUGCAGGCUAUGAUCCUCAGUUUGCCACGCUACCACUGUGAGAACCCCGCCAGCUGUAAAUCGCCCACGCUGUCGACAGACGUCAUGAGGAAGCGCCUCUACCGCAUCGGCCUCAACCUCUUCAAUGUAAACCCAGAUAAAGGCCUUCAGUUCCUGAUCUCAAGAGGCUUCAUCCCGGACACACCCAUCGGUGUUGCCCACUUUCUGCUACAGAGAAAGGGCCUGAGUAGACAGAUGAUUGGAGAGUUCCUCGGCAACAGCAAGAAGCCCUUCAACAGAGAUGUCCUAGAUUGUGUGGUGGAUGAGAUGGACUUCUCAGGCAUGGAGCUGGACGAAGCACUGAGGAAGUUUCAGGCCCACAUUCGUGUCCAAGGGGAAGCUCAGAAGGUGGAACGUCUUAUCGAGGCCUUCAGUCAGCGGUACUGCAUGUGUAACCCUGAUGUUGUGCAGCAGUUUCACAAUCCAGACACCAUCUUCAUCCUGGCCUUCGCCAUCAUUCUGCUCAACACUGACAUGUACAGCCCCAAUAUCAAGCCUGACCGCAAAAUGCUUUUGGAGGACUUCAUAAGGAAUUUGCGAGGUGUGGAUGAUGGAGCAGAUAUCCCCAGAGACAUGGUGGUGGGAAUCUAUGAAAGAAUACAACUGAGAGAGUUGCGCUCCAAUGAAGACCACGUCACCUACGUUUCCAAGGUUGAACAGUCCAUCGUAGGCAUGAAAACAGUUCUCUCUGUCCCUCAUAGAAGACUAGUGUGCUGUAGUCGACUAUUUGAGGUAACAGAUGUCAACAAGGCCCAAAAACAGGCAGCACACCAGCGAGAAGUCUUCCUCUUCAAUGAUCUGCUUGUGAUCUUGAAGCUUUGUCCAAAGAAGAAGAGCUCCGCUGCCUACACUUUCUGCAAAGCUAUGGGACUACUUGGCAUGCAGUUCCACCUUUUUGAAAAUGAAUACUACCCUCAUGGAAUCACCAUCCUCUCACCAUUUGGCUCAGACAAGAAGCAGGUAUUGAACUUCUGUGCUCAAAGUGCAGAGGAGCUGCUCAAGUUUGUAGAAGACCUGAAGGAAUCAAUCGCAGAAGUGACAGAAAUGGAGCAGAUACGGAUCGAGUGGGAGCUGGAAAAGCAGCAGGGAGCCAAGACACACUCGGUAAAGAACAACGGCACACAGCUAGAGCUUCGCGGUAAACAGGGCUCCCCAUCAGGAAACCAGGAGAUAGAUGACAGAAGUGGACACAAUGCAGUAGAGGUGUCAAUUCACAACAGGCUUCAGACGUACCAGCUCAGCAGCAGCACGGCUCGGAGCCCCGAGAGCGCGGCCCUUCUUAACCACCGGGGAGAGCUGCUUUUCCAGCAGGGGCCCCAGGGGCUAACCCAGGGGCCGGUGCCACCACCUCAGUACCCACAGCUGCAGUCAGCGGCAAGCACCCCCGCUCAUCAUCUCCCCCUCCAGCAGCACCACCAGCCCGCUGUCAGCAUGGCUGACCUGCGGCCCGAGACACUUAUCCAGUGUCAGCAGAUUGUCAAGGUCAUCAUGCUCGACAACAGCAGCCAUGGACGCAUGGAGGCCUUCCUCAGUCAAACACCCACACACCACCACUACCAGCAUCACCACAGCCACCACCAGCUUAGUCACUCCGCCAUGUCCACCCCUGUCCGCUCGCCGGAUGGCUCCCACGGCAGUGAUGGCCACCAGCCCCCACUGCCUCCCCCGCCUCCACCUUACAACCACCCGCACCAGUAUAUACCCCCAGACCCCCGCCUCAGUCUACACCGGACCCCAAGUGGCUCUCGAAGCAUGGUGUAAAUAGAUGAAUUCAAAAUUUUCUCCCUGAAAAACAGACACAUACUUCCACAUAACCCUAUCACUUCUCUUCCUAUUUAAUACUACAUAUUGUAUAUAUAUACAUACAGAUGAAGCUAUAAUGAAAAAAUAAAAUCCCACUUAUAUGCAUAAAUUUAAGGAAAAACAUAAAAGAAAAAUUAAGGUUUUAAAAGAGAUAAGGAGAAAUAUAGUGCAUAUAUAUAAAGUUUUACUUGAUUCCACGUGUAUUUUGAAAUAUUAUGUAGUUUUAACAAAUUUCUAUAACUUUUUGUCAGUUUUAACUCUAGAGAAAACUCACCGCUAUUCAGUUCGUGGAUGGAUUCCUUGCAGUUGCAGUAUUUACCAACAACAACAGAAACAUAUGAAUCCCUCAAAAGUUUUGAAUUUUUCCUGUAAUGGAUGCAAAGACUUCAAGGACCUUCUGCUUCUGUUUGCUUUUAUCAUCCCAAGCCUCAUGCCUACCGUGCUGUAUGUACACACGUGUGCAUAGCUGACACUUAACUAAAACUGUGUGCCAAAAUACAUAUGCCUCCACUAAACACUGACUUCUUUGCACUUGACCAAACGCUAGGGCUAGAAGAAAAAAAAAAAAAAAAGCUACUCCUUUACUUUGAGAAAAUAGUCCUUUCAGGCUUCUUGCUCAAGGAGCAAAAAAAAAUAAUAAUAAUAGCAAAACUGAUAUUUCAUAAAAAGUUAUCUAGCCAUUUGUGCUGUUGCUUAUUUAUUUAUGUGAUGGAGGGCCUUCUCUCUUCUUCUCCGCUCCCUGGAUUUAAAAAAAAAAAAAAAAAAAAA